AUGCCUCUCCCGGCCGCUGUCCUCGCACUUCUCGCCGUGCUCGCCUGGAGCGUCGGCGGCACGGUCUACUUCAAGGAGCAGUUUCUGGAUGGAGAUGCUUGGAAGAGCAGGUGGGUGGAGUCCGAGCACAAGAAGGAUUACGGCCAAUGGGAGCUCAGCGCCGGAAAGUUCUUCGGGGACGCCGAACUGGAUAAAGGCUUGCAGACCAGCCAGGAUCUACGUUUCUACGCCCUGUCGGCGCGUUUCCCGUCGUUCAGCAACGAGGGCAAAGUUCUGGUGCUCCAGUUUAGCGUCAAGCACCAGCAGGACCUGGACUGUGGAGGAGGUUACGUCAAGAUCUUCCCGGAGAAGAUGGACCAAAAGAGCAUGAACGGAGAGUCGCCCUUCUACAUCAUGUUCGGUCCCGACAUGUGCGGUAACAGCAACAAGAAGGUUCACGUCAUCCUCAACUACAAAGGACGAGAACAUCUCAUCAAAAAAGACAUCAAAUGCAAGGACGACGUUCUGAGCCACCUGUACACGCUAGUGCUCCGCUCGGACCAAACGUACGAGGUGAAGAUCGACAACGAGCGGGUGGCGGAAGGUUCGCUGGAGGACGACUGGGACCUUCUGCCUCCCAGGACUGUCCCGGACCCGCUGGCGAGCAAACCGGCCGACUGGGACGACCGUCCUACAUUGGACGACCCCGAUGACACCAAACCUGAGGACUGGGAUCAGCCGGAAAACAUCCCGGACCCCUACCACCGCAAGCCCCGCGAAUGGGACGUCACCAUCGACGGCGUGUGGGCGCCUCGCUCCAUCCCUAAUCCGGAUUACAAGGGCGAGUGGACGCCCAGGCAGUUGGACAACCCCAACUACAAAGGCCCCUGGGUCCACCCCGAGAUCCCCAACCCGGACUACCAUCCCGACGACCAAAUGUACAAAUUCGACGACAUCGGCGCGUUGGGAUUAGAGCUUUGGCAGGUCAAAUCCGGAAGCAUUUUUGACAACUUCUUCAUCGGUGACGACGAGAAGGAAGCCGAAGAGUUUGCCCGCCAAACUUGGGGACUCACGCAGGCUGGCGAGAAGAAGAUGAAGGAGGAGCAAGACGAGCUGGACAGGGAGAAAUGGGCGGAACAGAUGGUGAAGGACCGCCAAGAUAUUUUUAACGACAACGACGAUGACAAAGAUGGCGACAAGCGUGACGACGAAGAGAAGAAACCACAGACCUUUAAAAAAACGGAACUGUAG